UUACGGUUCCUCGUUCUGUGAAAAAUGUCGAAAAACAAAAGCAAAUUACCCGCUUCGCCGAACACACUUCUAAGCUACUUUGCACGUUCGCCGGCCGGCAAUAAAUCCGCUAAACCAUCAACACCAACGAGUGCUUUGGCGGGGGCACCGCGAUCGACGAAGCUCGCCGAGUCCGAGCCGGCCGGCAGCACCCCGAAAAGCAAAAAAUUCACUAUUAAAAACGAAAAGGAAUCUGCCAAGAAAGAGACGAACAAAAAGGAUGAGCACACGAAUGGAGAGGCGAACGAGGAAGAGGAGGAAAUAGGAAUUCGUAAAAAACGCCGCCGCGUGAUCACGUUUGGCGAUUCGGAUUCCGAUUCCGAAGAGCCCCAGACUAAAACCGAGCCAGCUCACAACAACAACAACAACAACAACAACACGGAAGGCAAGGACAAGAAACCUUUUGGGUUGAGCUCGUUCGAGUGGCCUAUUAAGGAGGAUAAUGCGGAAUCGGCAAAGAAGAAGGCCGAGGAAGAAACGGCCGGAGGUCCGGCCACGAAGAAGGUCAAACUUGAGGCUGGCAAGCGGAUUGAAGAGGAGGACGGACCGGAAGAGCUGGCCACGGCACUCGACGAGCCGAUCGUGUGGGCUCACCAGAAGUUGGAAUUUCUCAAACCCAACAAAAUCAAAGACAUCCAGGGCAACCGGCCGGGCAGUGAGAAGUACGAUGGCAGAACGUUGUUCGUGCCGGAAUCCUUCCUGAAUACGCUCACACCGGCCAUGCGUCAGUGGUGGGAAAUCAAGAGCCAGCACUACGACUGCGUGCUGUUCUUCAAGGUGGGCAAGUUCUACGAGCUGUACCACAUGGACGCCGAGGUCGGCGUGUCCGAGCUGGGGUUCUCGUUCAUGAAGGGCGAAUUCGCUCACUCGGGAUUUCCCGAGACGGCCUACGACCGUAUGUCGACUUCGCUGAUAGAGAAGGGCUACAAAGUGGCCCGGAUUGAACAAACGGAAACACCGGAAAUGAUGCAGGAGCGAUGCAAGGUGCAGCGCACCAACAGCAAGUACGAUAAGGUGGUUCGCCGUGAGGUGUGCCAGGUGACGGUGAAGGGAACGGAAGUGUUUGGGCAGCAGGUGCGCAUCACAACAAACCACGCGCCCCGCUACAUGAUGACGAUCGUGGAAUCAAGCCCUGCUGGUCUGGGCGCUGGUUGCCGGUACGGCGUAUGCUUUAUCGACACCUCGAUCGGUCUCUUCCAUCUGGGCGAAUUCGAUGACGAUAACCAACAAUCGCGCCUGCUGACACUCUUAUCUCAUUAUUCACCGGUUAUCAUCCUAACUGAACGUUCGGCUACUGCUUAUUCAGAAGGAACUCAACGGAUCUUCAAAACUCUGCUGGCUCACGUGCCACGCGAAGCGCUCACCAACGAAAGCCAGCUAUGGUCGGGUGAGAAAACGUUGCGUUAUCUGGCCGAGAAGUUCUACGGCGGAUCAUCGGGUGGAGAAUCGAGCAAAUGGCCACCGGUGCUACGCUCACUGGUAGAUGAUAGCGAUAGUCUCGGAUUGACGCCGAAACAAUCUAGCCUGUUGGCACUGAAGGCACUGGGUGGAUGCAUUUGGUAUCUGCAGCGCUCUCUCCUGGAUCAACAAGUCAUACCAUUAGCGACGUUCGAACAGUACAUUCCGCUGGAUGCGAAGCCUGAUAAAACCGCAGGUGAAACCAGCGCUCGCAUAGGCGCAGCCAAUGCAAACAGGUACAUGGUACUAGAUUCAAUCACACUCAACAAUCUCAAGAUUAUCGGUGGCGAAGGAUCGCUCGCCGAUCGAAUGGAUCACUGCUGUACCAAGUUCGGCAAACGGCUGUUCCAUCAUUGGGUCUGUGUGCCCAGCUGCGAGCUAGAAGUAAUCGUUCAACGGCAGCAGGCGGUAACCGAACUGAUCGAUCAUGUGACGCUGCUGCAAGACGUACGCGCACUGUUGGGACAGCUGCCCGACAUGGAGCGCUUGGUAACGCAGAUCCACGCUUUCGGUAAUGCCACAUGUAGUGGCCGGAAUCACCCGGCCGGUAGGGCCAUCCUGUAUGAAGAGCUCACGUAUGGCAAGAAGAAGCUGAGCGAUUUCAUUGCUACCUUGAACGGAUUUCGUGCACUGAUUGGUCUGCCAGAUAUGUUCGAUAACGCGAAAUCCGAACUGCUCGUGCGCAUCACCCAAUCUGCUUCGGUCGGUGGUGCAUUCCCGAUCGAAACGAUGCGCAAGCAGCUAGCAUUCUUUGACAAAGCGUUCGAUCACGAGAAGGCCCUCAAGAGUGGGGUGAUUGCACCGGAACGGGGCGUCGACAGCGAGUACGAUACGGUCGAACGGGAGAUCGAGACAUUGAAGACAGAGCUGGAAGAGUACCUUGCCGAGCAGAGCAAGUUCUUUGGAUGCACGGUGGUGUACUUUGGGAACGACAAGAAACGCUAUCAGCUGGAGGUGCCGGAGGCGCGUGCGAAAAAAGCAACGAGCGAGUACUCGCUGGAAAGCCAACGUGCCGGUAAAAACGGGGUCAAGCGAUUCCACACCGAAGAAACACGCCAAUUCUUGCGUCAAAUGACACAGCUAGAGGACAAACGUAAAAUGGUGCUGAAGGAUUUGGCGCGACGCAUCUUUGAGAAAUUCUCGCUCGAGUACAGCACGUGGAAGGGCUGUGUGGAGAUGGUGGCAACGCUCGAUGUGCUAACCUCUCUGGCGGAGUAUGCACGAUCAGAGGGUGUGUGCUGUGUACCCGAACUAUUGCCGAAUGGAUCCAACGGCAAGCCACUGAUUGAGAUCGAGGAGGGUAUUCAUCCGUGCAUUGCUAGCGAGCUGAUGGAAAGUUUCAUACCGAACGGAAUAAGCAUUGGUGGCGAAGGAAAGGCCAGUUUAGUGCUGCUAACAGGACCCAACAUGGGCGGAAAGAGUACUUUAAUGCGACAGGUCGGUCUGUUGGCGGUAAUGGCUCAGAUUGGCUCACGGAUUCCGGCCGAGCGAUGCCGCAUGACGCUCGUGGAUCGCAUCUUCACUCGGCUUGGCGCGAGCGACGAUAUUAUGGCCGGCCAUAGUACCUUUCUGGUGGAGUUGAAUGAAACUUCUGCCAUACUAAAGCAUGCCACCAGUGAUAGCUUGGUGUUGCUGGACGAGCUGGGUCGCGGAACGGCGACUUACGAUGGAACAGCCGUAGCAGGGGCCGUUGUACACUUCCUAGCUGAUCGACAAUGCCGUACGCUGUUCUCGACGCACUACCACAAUCUGGUGGACAGCUUCCAUGCGGAUCCGAGAAUCGCACUCGGGCAUAUGGCCUGCAUGGUGGAGAAUGAGGAAGGGGAUGAUCCGACGCAGGAAACGGUCACAUUCCUAUACAAGUAUGCUGACGGACCGUGCCCCAAAUCAUAUGGCUUCAAUGCGGCCAAGCUGGCCGGAAUGCCGAUGGCUAUCAUCAAACGAGCGUACGAGCUCUCCAAAAAGGUCGAGCGCGACGCGCUGAAGCGUAAAAUUAUGAUGAAGCUGGUAAAGGGCGCACCGGAGCCGGAGAUAAGGGAUCUCGUCGCGAAGCUGCAAAGCUGUCGGUUUUAGCUCGCCCAAGCGAAUAUUACCAUUUCGGCUUCAUUUACUUUUGUCAGUUUUAAAAUUUUUUCGUAUACGCCCUAGUAAGUAUUACGUGCCAUCAGUACAAACUAUGUGAAUUGUUAAGGCUCUUGUACCUUUGUGGAAAACGGAGGGCAACAUUCCUACAAAAUACUCAAUAAACCGAUUGCUUAACUUG